AUGGCCACAUCGCAGCGACUCUCAGCCACCGUUGGCGUCAUCACCAGAACCGCAUCGAGCCCCUACAUCUGUGCAUCCUGUCGCACCCGCGCCGCCGCUUCCUCUCAUGCAUCCGCACAAUCUCGCCAGCAGCUCCGGCACAGCUCGGAUAUUCCUUUCACCGAAAAGAUUCGCCGCAAAAUAUGGGGUACUGAUAACCCGCCUGGGCUGAAAGACCCCUACGGCGGCCCUAGUUUCUUGGAGCGUCGGCUUGCACAGAGGAAACAGGCACAGCAGUCCGCGGGCCAGGAACUAUCACAGGAGACAUCACAAGAAGUGCAGUCGCAACUCGAUGCCGCGCACGAAGAUCAGCCGACGGUCCGUUCGUCACCACGAAACAACAGCGCACCAGACUCUUGGGUGGUUGAUCGGUCGGACGCCGAACCGCUGAAGCCUUCGCGUGGGACAUAUGAACCGGCCAUAUCGUGGGAGGGCUUGGACUGGGUCGGUGAUAAGGGAGAAUAUCAAUUCCAGGAAGAAAACGAAGUGGAUGCUUACGUGCCUUGGUUGACGCCCUCGUCGAGUGACCGACUUUCGGAAGUCGAAAUCUGGGAUGCGAUACACGAAUCCAUUUUCGAUGUCGUGCAGCCCGAGGGCGAGGAAUACGAUCGGGAGGUCGCCAUUCAUGUUACGUCUGCAGGACAUGUGGCUGGCCCGGGUGAGGGACCCGUAGGUGGUGCAGAUGCGUUCAUGAACGCGAAGAUAAGCUUCAAAGAUCCAGAGGCGAAGACUUUCAAGGCAAGUUUUGUGAUUCUGAAGAACUUUCAGCAAGUAACUGGGCUUCGCCUCUCCGAUCCCACGCUCAAUCAGCUUGCUCAAAUCCCGAAUGCCACUUUCCGUGAUCUCGUUGAGAUCAUCAUGGAGCUGCAAAAGCCGAAGCCCCAGAAAACGCACGAAAAUCUUAUGGCGAACGAGGAGCUCAUUGCGCAGCCGAAUGUCAGAAUCUCGGAACGCAAGAUCAGCCCCAUAGAUAGGGAGCGAGAGAUUGGCAGGUGGAAGGUCAUUGAGAAGGAGCUGAUGGAGAGGGGUCUACCAGUGGUUGGACGAGCUUAUGCUAAGGACGAGCGUAUGCGAAGAUGA